GGUGUUGGUGUUGAUGUUGGAGUCUAAGUCCAGAACACAUUAAACAUCAGUUAAAGAACCUCAGCCUUCGCGUCAUGACUAAGGGCGGGCAUAGUAGAACACUUACUGCGUCGGUGAAGGCCAACUGCAUCAGAUCGUAAAGCUGCACGAGGAAAUCGGCCAUCAAGAGGCGCCACAUGUUGAAUGAGGGAAGUACAACAUGAAAAGAUUGCAAUUGACUUGACUGAAGCAAGCAAAGGCUGAACAAGCAAGCACUUUUGAAGUUAGUGACUUGGAAGCAGCGCAAGGUCUUGUGAACUGUCACUGAAGUUUCAAUUGCUCUGGUAUUUCCAUCAUUCCCAUUCUAAGAUAAAGUUGGACAUUUUUCUAUUAUCGUUUGACUUAUUAAGAAACUAAAAGGGACUAAACAGAUAAACAAUUUUGCUACUAUUAAAUAAGACUAAAGUUUGAAUUUUCUGUUGUAUUCAAGUAUUUGUGUAUACUUCAUCAUUUAAGCGUGUUGAUAUUCACAUUUUUUCUUUACAAGUUGAAUUCAUAGACUACUUCUUGACAGUUCUGUAGCUUGUUAUCAUUUACAUGAUUGGAUCACAUAAGUGUAGCUGAGAUAACCGCUUUACACUAAACUUUAGAUUGCUCUUUGAAUAUUCACAUUAUAGUGCAACACAGGUUUAGCAUGUCAAACACAAGUGAAAAUACAUUGCUGGCUACUAAAGAAGUUAGCUAUACAACCCCUACUGCACAAGACGUAGACAAUGCAGAGCAGGUCAUUCCAUCAGAGCAGGCUGAUAUAACUGAACAAGUUGAAGUGGCUGCACAAGUACAACAACCUCAGGUGGACAUAGAUAAUACACAGCUCUCAGAUAUUAGAAGAAGCCAGCGAGCACGCACGCUUACCGAGAAGGGUAAAACGCUGCAAGACGCUAGACUAAAUGAUCUGAAAAGAAGCUUUGAGCAGAAGUAUAGAAGGUGGAAGUAUCACAUCAAUGGUUUGAAAAGAGCCAUUAAGAACAAUGAUGAUGCAGAAUUGAUUUGUGAAGUUGUGAGCACCAUUAAUGCCACUCAGUCUGAGGUCGACCAUAUUUAUGGUGAUAUAAGAAGCAUCACAAGCCCUGAACCUGAAAUUCGGAGGAAAAAUGACACUUGCCUUGCCAUUACUAGCACUGCAAAUGAGAAGUCUCAAAGAUUCCUCAACGGUGAUCCUAAGGACAUUCCCUGGCCUGAUUCAGAUUCAGUGUUUGAAGCCACUGUGUCCAGCAUCAUCUCAGCAACCUCCAGUAAGUCAAAGUCUGUUUCCAAGAUGUCCAGUCAAUCUUACAGUGAUUCUCUGCAGAAAAGACAAGAAGCAGCGGCUGAAGUAGCGGCUACACAAGAAGUGAUUAAAAUAAUGAAGACACAACAUCAGCAUGAAGAGGAAAUUAGGAAACUGGAGGCAGAGGAUGAAAGGUUAGCAGCAGAAAGAGAAGCUCAAGAAAGGGAAACCGAAGCGGAGAAUGCAAGGAAAAGGGCUCAAUUUAUUUCAGAAAGCACUGUUAGAAAAAUAAAGCUGGAAGAAAAGAAAAAAGAAGUGGAACGGUUGGAGGAACUAAAAAGACAUAACGCAGCACAAGCAAGGCUGCAAGUUUAUGCUGAAAGCAUCAAAGGUGAUGAGGGAGAACAGCGUUCUGCUCCUCUUCUUCAACAAAGGUUACCCCAAGCUCAUAUCUCUCAGUCACCUACAUGGCCUGCUCCCAACGAAGCUUCUAAUGAUCUUGUGAAGGCACUGGCUGAAGCGAUUACAGCCAAUAGGAUUCCAAUUACAGAACCUGUUGUUUUUUCUGGAGAUCCCCUGAAGUAUAAUGACUGGAAGCUGUCCUUCCAGACGUUAAUUGAUCGCAAGAACUUGCCAUCACAAGAAAAGCUAUUCUUUCUACGCAAGUAUGUAGGUGGUCCGGCCAAGAGAGCGAUUGAAGGACAUUUUGUGGCUGGAACAGAAAUGGCUUACACGGCAGCCUGGAACAUCCUUGAUGACCGGUUCGGCAAUCCGUUCGUAGUUGGCAAAUCUUACCGUGACAAAAUACAGUCUUGGCACAAGAUUGCUGCCAAAGACAGCAAAGACCUCCAGGAAUUUGUAGAUUUCCUAAGCAGUGUUGAAUCAGCAAUGCCUUAUGUACAAGGUUUACAAGCUCUGAAUGACUGUGUUGAAAAUCAAAGAAUAUUAGCCAAAUUGCCAGACUGGUUGAGUUCACGUUGGAAUAGAGCAGUCACCAAGUUUCAAGACGAAUACAAAGGAUUCCCAGAUUUCAAAUACUUUGUUGAAUUUCUUAACAAGGAAGCUAGAAUCGCAUGCAAUCCUAUCACCUCACUGCAAGCGAUAAAGCCAGCAGAGCAAGAAAGGUUCAAGCAAUCAGAUCAAGAUCAUUAUAAGUUUCAGAGGAAUCGCAACUCAAGUGCAAAGACAUUCACCACUAGUUCCAGUGAAAGGACUAGCCUUAUGUGUGUCUUUUGUAAGAGAUUAGGCCACACUCUUCAUAAGUGUCGCAAAAUUAUGGAAAGACCAAUUGAGGAAAGAUUGAAGUUUGUACAGUCUGAGAAGUUGUGCUUUGGCUGUCUUAAGACUGGUCAUAACUCCAGAAGCUGCACCUCUAGGAGUGUGUGUGAAAAAUGUGAGAAGUGUCACCCAACAAGCCUACACCAGGACCGUGUAAAUAAAUACCCAGGACAAAGCUCUAGAACCAGUCAAGAUCAGUUCAAGGUCAAUCACGGAUCUGCAGAUAGAACAGCCGAAUCACAGAAGGUACAAGAGUCUAAGCCUGUGACUUCAAACAGAGUAGUUCAAGAAAGGAACGGCACUCAUACGUCAUCAAUCAUUCCAGUAUAUGUCUCAACAACAGAUGAACCAAGGAAGGAGAUUUUAGUGUAUGCCUUGCUUGAUACUCAGAGCGACACUACUUUCAUUUUAAAGGACACAGCUGAGACACUUGAUAUCAAGAAAGAGCCUGUCAAACUCAAGAUUUCCACCAUAACAUCCAAAACGAAGGUUGUGUCCAGUCACAAAUUGAAUGGUCUACAAGUAAGAGGCAUUCAGUCUGAAGUUAAAAUCAAACUUCCAACAACUUAUACUAGAGACUACAUACCUGCAAAUAGAUCUCAUAUACCCACAUGUGAAACCGCAAAGAAUUGGCCUCAUCUAGAACAUCUGGCAGAUGAAAUGGCUCCUGCACUUGACUGUGAAGUAGGUUUGUUAAUAGGCUACAACUGCCCUCAAGCCUUACUUCCCAGGGAUGUUCUCAGUGGCAAUGAAGAUCAGCCAUUUGCACAAAGAUCCGUGUUGGGUUGGAGUAUCGUUGGAUACAACCAUGACGACAGUUAUUAUGAAGAUGAAAUCGGUGUGAGUCACAGGAUUAUCAUGAAGCAAGUUCUACCAGCUCGUGAUCCAUCUCACAAACUCAAGUCUGAAGUCUGCUUUGUACAGAGGAACAAGGUUAAAGAGAUGAUCACUCCGGCCGAGAUAUUGAAGGUUUUUGAGUCAGACUUUGUAGAACGGGAUAAUGAGGAAGUCUCAACGUCGCAAGAAGACUUAAGGUUUUUGGCAAAAUUGAAUGAAGGCAUUAAGCAAGUGCAAGAUGGACACUAUGAGAUGCCAUUGCCUUUUAAGGGUGAGAGGCCAGAUUUGCCAAACAACAAAGCGUGUGCAGAGCAUCGACUCAAAUCCCUAGAGAAGCGUUUAAAGAGAGAUGAACAGUACCAAAAGGACUACAUGGCUUUCAUGAAGGACAUAAUAGCAAGAGGCGAUGCUGAAAGGGUCCCAGAGAUGGAGUUAAGUAGUCAACCAGCAUGGUAUAUACCUCACCAUGGAGUAUAUAACCCACAGAAGCCAGGCAAGAUUCGUAUCGUCUUUGAUUGCUCUGCAAGAUUUCAGAAUACUUCUCUGAAUGAGCAUCUACUGACUGGGCCUGACCUCACAAAUACCCUUGUUGGAGUCUUGUGUCGUUUCCGGAAAGGGCAAGUAGCCAUCAUGUGUGAUGUGGAGCGCAUGUUCCACCAGUUCCACGUUGCUCCAAAGGAUCGGGACUACCUCAGGUUCCUAUGGUGGGAAGAUGGAAACAUGGAAGCCUCACCUUCAGUUUUUCGAAUGAAGGUCCAUUUGUUCGGAGCGGCCUCCUCGCCUGGAUGUGCAAACUUCGGCCUCAAAUACCUUGCCGUACAAGGUCAAGGCAAGUUUAAUCAAGCCACAGUGAAGUUCAUACAACGUAAUUUUUAUGUUGACGAUGGCUUAGCGAGUGUGGACACUGAAGCAGAGGCAAUCCAGCUUGUAAAGGAAGCCAGGGGUCUCUGCAAUACCGGAAAGCUUCGCUUGCAUAAAUUCAUCACCAACAGCAAGACGGUGAUUGCCACAAUUCCAAAGGAGGAAUGUACUGAAGGGGCAACUGACUUUGACUUGACCCUAGGAGAACCUAAAGUAGAGAGGGCGCUCGGCAUCCAAUGGUGCGUGGCUUCAGACAAGUUCCAUUUCAGAGUGUUAGUAAAGGAAAAUCCUUUUACUAGAAGAGGUGUGCUGUCUACAGUUGCUUCCAUUUUUGAUCCUCUUGGAUUCGUCGCUCCCUUCAUUUUAGUUGGGAAAAGGACUCUACAAAAGAUGUGUCAAGACAAGUUAGGCUGGGACGAACCACUUCCUGAUGACCUCAAGCCGCAUUGGGAAGCUUGGUUGCGAGACCUCCAUAACCUGUCUUUGGUGAAGAUACCACGUUGUUAUGUGCCAUCAACAUUCAAGGAUGUUCAACAAUAUGAGCUACACCAUUUCUCAGACGCCAGUGUGUCAGGCUAUGGAGUAUGUUCAUACCUCAGAGCUGUAACCAAGUCUGGAGAAGUCUACUGCACUCUUGUUAUGAGUAAAGCUAGGGUUGCUCCAACAAAGGUAACAACAAUUCCCAGACUGGAGCUCUCAGCUGCAGUGGUUGCCACAAGAACUGGUAAUCUGCUCAAAAGAGAACUAGAAUUGGAUGGCAUUCGUGAAUACUACUGGACCGACUCCAAAGUUGUCCUUGGCUAUAUUAACAACGAUGCACGACGUUUCCAUGUAUUUGUAGCCAACCGAGUUCAGCAGAUCAGAACAAGCACUGAGACUAGUCAAUGGAGAUAUGUGGCUUCAGAACAAAAUCCAGCUGACCAUGCCUCUCGUGGGCUCACCGUAAAAGAACUCAUGGGAUCGAACUGGUUUACUGGUCCAAGUUUCCUAUGGCAAAGAGAACUCCCUAAGGAUGACAUUAAGGUGGGAGAAGUUAAUGAUGGAGACCCGGAACUCAAAAGGGCACAGGUUCUAAUGACCAAGGCAAGGGAAGAGUGGUGUCUGUCAGAUCGCUUGCAAAGGUUUUCAGAUUGGAAGAGGGCAGUGAAAGCCAUAGCAAGGCUCAAACGUUGUGCAAGGAGUGCGAAAGGUUUGGUAGAAAGAUCCAACAAUUCCACAACACUUGAAGAAAGGAAGGAUGCUGAACAAUUCAUAAUUCACAUCGUUCAAGAAGAAGUGUUCAGUGACGAGAUCAAGCAUCUAAGACAAGGCAAGGAAGUUAAUUCAAGUCUUUUCAAAAAGCUGUACAAGUUAAGUUCGUUUAUCGAUGACCAUGAUGUCUUACGAGUGGGAGGACGAUUGACACAGGCAGAGCUUCACUCUCAUGUCAAGCAUCCAGCCAUUCUUCCUAAAGGACAUCAUAUAUCUCGUUUACUCAUAAAACACUUCCAUGAAAAGGUGCAACAUCAAGGUCGUGGCAUGACCAUCAAUGAAAUCCGCUCCAAUGGUAUUUGGAUUCUGGGAUGCAGUAGCGAAGUUUCAUCUCUCAUCUACAAAUGCAUUAAGUGUAGGAAGCUGAGGAAAUGCAAUCAGGAGCAAAGGAUGGCUGACCUGCCACCAGAAAGGAUGGAAGCUACCCCUCCGUUCACCUAUAGUGGCAUGGACUGCUUCGGUCCGUUCUAUGUUAAAGAGGGAAGGAAAGAGUUGAAGAGAUACGGACUACUUUUCACCUGCAUGUGUUCGCGAGCUGUUCAUCUUGAGGUGCUGGAUGAUCUUAGUACUGACGCCUUUCUUAAUGCACUGCGUUGUCUUAUUGCUAUACGUGGCAAUGUAAGUCAGCUUUAUAGUGAUCAAGGUACCAACUUCGUGGGUGCAAAGGGAGAGUUCCUGAAGUUGAUGAAGGGAAUGGAUCAAGAACGUGUGAAAGAGUUAGGCUGUACCUUUAUCAUGAACCCGCCUGCUUCCAGUCACAUGGGUGGUGUCUGGGAGAGACAGAUCCGGACUGUAAGGAGUGUACUAACGUCCAUCCUAGACAAGUCUGCAGCAAGACUGGACAGUUCUUCCUUAAGAACAUUCAUGUAUGAAGUAAUGGCGAUCGUAAAUAGUCGACCAUUGACCUCAGAGCACCUCAAUGAUCCUGUGGGACCAGAACCAUUGACGCCGAAUCAUAUAUUAACAAUGAAGUCCACCAUCAUUGCACCACCUCCUGGAGAGUUUGUGAGGGAAGAUCUUUAUCUUCAGAAAAGAUGGAAAAGAGUUCAGUUUCUGGCAAAUGAGUUUUGGACCAGGUGGAGGAAGGAAUAUCUGUUGAAUCUGCAGCAGAGAAGUAAGUGGAAUAAGAGCAGGAGAAACACCAAAAUAAAUGAUAUCGUUCUGCUUCAAGAUGAUUUGGCAUCACGAAAUCAGUGGAAGCUAGCUAAAGUGGUAGAAGUUUUCCCAGGAUCUGAUGGAAUGUUCUACGGUGUUGGUGUUGGUGUUGGUGUUGGUGUUGGUGUUGGUGUUGAUGUUGGAGUCUAA